GCGGGAUUCGUUUGUUGUAAAAUGGCGACGAACAUUUUCCGCACAGCGUAGUUUACCGACGAAACAUUCGCUGUGACUUUACAAUUUACAAGCUCUGAACCAUGCCCCCUAAGAAGCCUGUGCCAGCCAAGCCAGCUGCUGGCAGAGGGGCACCUGCCACUAGAGGGGCUCCAGCUGGGAGGGGGACACCCAGAGGGGGUGCUGCAACCAGGGGGGCACCAGCCAAAAAAGGGGCAGCACCUGCUCAAGGUGCCAAAAAACCUGCAACAGGUGAGACAAAACCUAAAGAGAAAGUUUGGACAAAAGAGGAUGAAUCUGCCAGAAAGAUCCAGACAAAGUUCCGCCAGUACAGAGCCAAGAAACUUCUUGAUGUGAAGAAGAAAGAGAAACAAGAUUAUAAUGAUUUGAUGGAUAAGCUAGAGAAAGAAGCCUUUGUGAAGCUGGUGCAGAUGGAGCAAGAGAAGGCAGAGAAGCAGCGGCAGAAGGAGGAAGAGGAGAGGAAGAGGAAGCGGGAGGAGAAGCAGAGAAUGAAGCGCAUGCUAGAGGCAGCCUUUGACGGGGACACAGAUGAGAUGGCCAUAGUGCUCAAAGAGGUAGUGGAGGCAGACAACAAAUAUGGCGUUCCAGGAGAUGAUGUGAUAGGGAAAGCUCUGCGUGCCAGACACAUAAUGAACGUAGUGGAGUGUGAAGAUGCCAAUGAGAACACACCCAUAUCUGAGGCUGCAAGUGGGGGUCAUGUUGAGGCCAUCAAGUUCCUGCUGGAGAGAGGGGCAGACCCCAACAAGAGGGGCCAGUUCAUGAGAACCCCACUCUACAGGGCUGCGUUUGCAGGGCACUUGGAGGCAUGUGAGAUCCUGCUACAAAAUGGUUCUGACCCUCGGAUGUACGCCUCAGAUGGACAGACUCCUGAGCAGAUUGCCUCGGUAACGGCCAUCCAGCAGCUGAUACAAGGCUGGGACCUGGAGCAGACAGAGUCUCUUCUGAAGAGGUUGGAGGCCGAGAAAGAGCGAAUCAAGGAGAUGGAGCGCCAGAAACGGGAGGCUGAGACUAAUAAACUUGAGAAUGUUGUAAAGGAAGCACAAGAAGUCUUUGAUGUUGCCCAGAAGAAGUAUCAAUAUGCAUACUGUGAGCUACAGAAGAGGAUCAUGGAGCAUGACCAGGCACCCACGAUGGGCUUUGCAAAGCCUGAAAUCACCAUUCAGGCUAUUCAGGACUGUGAAUGUGACGUAGAGAUUGCCAAGAUUGAUCUAGACAAGGCAAGAGAUAAACUGGCACAGGCCAAACUAAGGUUGAGAGAACAGAUGAAGGGUGGGGAAGAGCUGGAUGAUAAUGACCUUCCCGGUGUCAAGGUCACAAUCAGAGAGCUGGAUGAUGUCCUGCUGAGAGAUGUUGGCAACAGGAUAUCAGAGUCUGGCAAAUGGCCCCUCAUUAUUGAUCCUAACGGUCAGGCAGCCACUUUUCUGCGUUACCGUGACACCAAUUACAUCAACACUCUCAGUCCCAUACAGAUGGAGCAAGAGAAGAUACGAAUGUCCGUGCUUGGUUCUGUAAGGUUUGGUAAGCCGUGUGUGAUAGACAUGAUGGAGGUGGACAUGUUCCAUGCUGUGGAGACUCGCUUUGAUGAGGUCACUGCAGGGCUACUCAACAUGAUGAUGGACAAGUCAAUUAUGAGGGAGGAAAACUACCUGAAGCUGGUGAGGGAAGGUGAUCCCCCGGACUAUCAGAAGAACAAAUUCCAAGACCUGCGAACGUGCAACUUCAAAGUCUACAUCAUCACUAAGAAUACAAUGCCCCCUGAGAAUCUGCUUGAUCGAACAUAUCCAAUCAGAAUUCAUGUUCCUGUCACAUGAUUACAGAUAAGCCAAUUAGAAUGCAUAUUCCAGCCACAUGAAUAGCCAAUCAAAAUGCAUGUUAAAUUCAUGUGAUUGACAAGAAUUUAUUGUUUUGUCACAUUAUCAUUUAAUGUGUUGUUGAUUUUUAACCAGGUUUUCCGAACGAAAAAAACAGGUUAUUAGAUUGGCGAAUGUCGGUGGGCGGGUGGGCGAAACAAGCUUGUCCGGGCCAUAAACUUUGUCGUUCAUUGUUAGAUUUUAAAAUUGUUUGGCACAUUUGUUCACUAUCAUUAGACGGUGUAUCGUGCAAAAGAAUUACGUCGAUAUCUUCAAGGUCAAGGUCACACUUUGAGUUCAAAAGUAAAAAAUGGCCAUAAAUGAGCUUGUCCAGGCCAUAACUAUGUCAUUCAUUGUGAGAUUUUAAAAUCAUUUUGCACAUUUGUUCACCAUCAUAGGACAGUGUGUUGCACGAAAGAAUUAUGUCAAUAUCUCCAAGGUCAAGGUCGCCACGACUAAAAAUAGAUUUAUUUUGAAACAAAGGGGGUUAAUUAUAAACAAUCAGUUCAGUUUGAGUUGUUUCCCUUUAUCAGACUUUUUUCACUUUGAAACCUGUUUUGUGACAAUUUUGUCCCUUGUUUAAAUCUAAAUCCAGUUGAUAAAAGCAAUAUUUAACUUUUUUACAAUAGCUAUUUUAAAAUUCAGGUGCAAAAUUGUUGCGACCUUACAAUAUGUCCACUUUACUUAACUCACUCUUUAUAAACCUGUAUAUAAUGCUUCUGUAUUUCAUAAAAAGAAUUAAAAUGUAGGCUUUAAAUAUUUAAGUGUUCUUUCAAUUUACUUCUGAGGCCUUCAAACUGAUCAUAAAUAGAUAGUUGUUUCAAAUCUUUUAUUACGUUUGUUACACAUAAAAAUAGUAUAUUAAUAGGGGCUUCCAAUUGCUUAUGUCAAUCAUAUUACAGAUCUAGGAAAAUAAGUGUUUUGGUAAAAAAGUAUAUGUACUGCAUUUAAGUCUCCUAGUCUUGGUAAAUUGACGAUAAGACACAUGUGCACAACCAGAUCUGACCAUAGUUUAGUGUAUUACUAAAAUAGAUAGUGUUGAAAUCAACAAAAGUUUAGAUUAUUUUAAUUUGCUUAAAUGAAAAGGCAAAUAUUUUUAUUCCAACCAAUGUGAAAAUGCAAGAAUGUGUCAUUAUGUACAUUUGUAUACUUCAUGUUUAAUUUAUUUAAAAGAAAACAUUUUUAUUUAAAAAAAUGAAAAUAGAUAAAAUUAUGCAGAUUGGUCUAUAUAUUGCUUUCAUGUAUUGAUUGCUGUAACGUUAUUCAAAUACAUUUACCAUGUACCAGGGUAUAAACUUGCCAAAGUUCUUCCUUCAAUUUUUAAUUCACAUAUGUUACCCAUAUAAAGAUUGCCAAUUAAUGUGAUAUAGCAUUCUUUGGGCGAGCAUAUGUUGUUGCAAGAUUGGGAGGAUCAAAUGUUGACUUUGUGUGUGCAAAAGAAUACUAUUUAACAUGAAGAUAUUUAGCGAUUGUUGUUCUAAUAAAAUGUGAUAAGUAAUAUCUGUGAUAUAUGCAUAAUGUAAAUUGAUGGCAUUUAUUUAUUGUUUGUACAUUGCCCUCAGUCUCAUACUCUUAUUAAAGUAUAUUAAUAUUCCA